CAUGGCUAGCAACGUGCUUCACGCCACAGUUGAUAUCACUGUGACUUUGAACAAUGUCAACAAGCUCCUGAAACCUGGUGGUAAGUUGGCGUUGAUGGAAGGUGUUGGAAGCCCCCCUCCAUCCUUCAUGCCUUACUCGUUACUCUCCGGUUGGUGGCUUUUCGAAGACGAGUAUCGUCAAGAUGGUCCUCUCCUUACCAAGGACGCAUGGAAUAGUGCUCUCAAAGCCACCGGAUUCUCUGGAAUUGACGGAUGUAUCGACGAUUACCCGGGUCGGUCGGAGCAACUUUUUUCGGCCAUGUGGUCCACUCGACUUGACGAAGAAAGCUCACAAAAGAAAAGCCAAUCCAUCAUGGUUUAUCGAUGUUCCAGUGACAGUGAGAGUGAAAGGUUCUCUAACGAUUUGAACAGCCAGCUAGACCGUCCCUCAAUGAUCAGCGACCUUUCGCAUCAUUCCGAGGUCCACCCCGACAUUCCGUGCAUCAUCCUCGAUGGUCCAUCACGCAGUAUUUUCAACGAUCUAUCGUCGGAGCAGUACUCUAGGUUGAAAGACAUUCUUUUAAAAUGCCGGACCCUCCUUUGGGUUUUACCACAUAGUUCCACUCCGGAAGCUUCGAUGAUCAAGGGUCUAUUGCGAACAUUGCGCCUCGAGCUGCCGACCAGCAAUCUUGUUGUACUCGAAUUGGACACACCAUUUGACGGCGAAGUCGCCUCUGCAGUCGUAAAACUUAUCGAUCAUAUCGAGCGACAUCCGAACUCGCACACUGAGCAAGAAUACCUUUUGGUCGACAACAUUCUCCAUGUACCAAGACUUGAACGUGUGGAAGCUACGAAAGAGAUAUUCGCCAUUGAAGCUGGAGUGGCUGUCAAAAACGAAGAAAAGCUGUGGCAGGACAAUUCAUGGCUCGAGAUGACUAUAGAUGUUGCGGGGAGCCCUGACUCUGUCCAUUUCCGACACAACCAUCCUUCUAUUGCGGUUUUGGGUAAUGACGAGGUUCAGAUCGACGUUGACGCCGCGGGUUUGAAUUUCAUUGAUCUGUUGACAAUUCUGGGAACAUUGUCGUGGAGUCCCCCCGGACUCGAGGGAUCUGGUAUUGUCACAGAAAUCGGAUCCAAAGUAGAAGGUUUCCAAGUUGGUGACCGCGUAUUUUACGUUCUCGAAAAAGGAGGCAUGGCAACAACUCUCAGGCUGCCCAGUGCCUAUGUUCACAGAAUUCCAAAGGAACUCAGCGCUAUCGAAGCAGCUUCUCUCCCUGUUGCGUACAGCACCGCACUCAUGAGUCUCGUGGAUGUUGCACGUCUUCGCAAGGGAGAGAGUGUCUUGAUCCAUUCCGCGUCAGGAGGGACUGGUCAAGCCUGUGUUCAGGUCGCUCAGCACUUGGGUGCGGAAAUCUAUGCGACUGCCGGAACACCCGAAAAGAGAGAGUUUCUUACUGCAAUGUGUGGUAUUCCAGCGCACCGAAUAUUCUCCUCGCGCUCUGCCGAUUUUAAAGAUGGCGUCCUGAAGGCAACCGGCAACCGCGGAGUGGACGUGAUUGUAAACUCGCUAAGUGGCGAUCUCCUGCAGCAAACCUGGUCAUUGAUCGCUGAAAACGGAAGGUUUCUUGAAAUAGGAAAGAAGGAUUUCCACGAGAACACGUACUUGCCGAUGCGAAACUUUGCGCCAAACGUCACGUUCAGUGGUAUUGAUUUGAGAAGAACGAUUGCCAAAAAUCCUUCUUUGAUCCAAAAAUACCUCUCUACCAUCACCGGGCUCAUCGAGGGAGGUAACAUCACGCCCAUCUUUCCCAUAUCAGCCGUAUCAGCUCUCGAAGUCAAGACAGGCUUGAGGAAGCUCCAAGCGGGUCAGAAUAUUGGCAAGAUCGUUGUUACAUUUGGAAAGAAUGAGAAUGCUGUCGUACAACGCCCUUCGCCGUUACAGACUGCUUUAAUCACACCAACACUACUGCGCCCGGAUGCGACAUACGUGAUCGCGGGAGGAACUGGAGGAAUUGGUCGCGCCCUGGUGCCUUGGAUGAUCGCGAAGGGUGCCAAGAAUGUGAUCAUGCUGGGUCGCAGUGCGAUGACCAACAGCAGAGUUAAGGCAAUUGUCAAGCAAUACGAAGGCACCGACAUCUGCGUCAAGGCGCUCCCUUGCGAUGUCGGAACACGUUCUGAUAUACUCCGCGCCCGUGAAGCUCUUCAAAGCCUUCCAAAAGUGUGCGGUAUAAUCCAUGGAGCCAUAUGCUUACGUGAUUCCAUCUUCGCAAACCUCGAUUACAAAGAUUGGCAGCUCACGUACAAGUCGAGAGUCGAAGCUGCUUGGAACCUUCACGAGCUGUUCCCAAACCUCGAUUUCUUCGUACUAUUCGGUGGAAUGACUGGUGUGGUGGGCAACAUUGGCCAGUCUGUAUAUACUGGUACUUCGACAUCACUUGAAGCCUUUACAGAUUACAGACUGAAACAGGGGCUACACGCUGCCAUCAUUCAACUACCCCCUGUCACAGGCAUCGGCCUUGUAGCGGAGCGAAAUAUGAUCAGCCAACUGAAGCGCACAAUAGGGUGCACUCUCAGGGGAAAUGAAGUUCUCACAGAGGUCGAAGGUGCCAUCAUCGGAGAAAAUUCUGGCAUUGGCGUCGAUGGCAAAGUUCUAGGAUGGUCAGUAGUCUCCACAUCCGAAGCAGAAGUCCUGCCUUGGGAGCACUUCCAGCCAUUGGGCGUAUUGAUGCGCGAACGAAUGGAGCGUGCCGGCACAGGUAUUUCCGGAGGUAAUGCCAAUCAAGGUCAAUCCGAGCUGAAGACCGGGUCCUCGGAAGCCGUCCUGGAUACUCUGAGCGAAAAGAUCUCCGUAAUGACGACUAUCGAUAGAGAGGAAAUCACACCAACUAGAGAUUUGAGCGAUUACGGCCUGGACAGUCUUAUUUCGCUUGAACUACGGAAUUGGAUCCGGAGGACCUUCAAUUUCGACAUGCACGUGGACGAGAUAACCAAGUCCAAGAAUUUACAGGCCAUUUCCGAUGCUAUUUUUGCCAAAUCUAAGUAG